UCCAAGCUUAAAUAUUGCAGCAAACUAAAAACCAACCAUCAGACCCGAUUCAUUCACAUCUGCUCAGUGGGGCGACAAGGACAGGGCUUUAGGUGGGAAAGAGGGCAGAAAAAAGUUCACUUUCCCCUGCCGGGUGCCAAGAGAACGGGACAGGACUCAACUUUGCCGGAGCCGCAGCUGUGUGUCCCUCCCUGCCCCACCCUUCAUUCUGCAGUGCUACGGACCGAUCAUGGGCGACUGGAGCUUUCUGGGUAAUAUUCUAGAGGAAGUCAACGAGCACUCUACGGUGAUCGGCCGGGUGUGGCUCACAGUGCUCUUCAUCUUCCGUAUCCUAAUCCUGGGCACGGCGGCAGAGUUCGUGUGGGGCGACGAGCAGUCCGACUAUGUUUGCAACACGCAGCAGCCUGGAUGCGAGAACGUGUGCUAUGACGAGGCCUUCCCCAUUUCCCACAUCCGCCUGUGGGUGCUGCAGAUCAUCUUUGUGUCCACGCCGUCUCUUGUGUAUGUUGGCCACGCUGUGCACCAUGUCCACAUGGAGGAGAAACGCAAGGAACGAGAGGAGGCAGAGCUUAGCCGGCAACAGGAACUGAGCGAGGAGCGUCUGCCCCUGGCACCUGACCAGGGAAGUGUCCGCACAACUAAGGAGACGAGCACCAAAGGUAGCAAGAAGUUUCGCCUGGAAGGCACCCUGCUGAGGACCUACAUUUGCCACAUCAUCUUCAAGACACUAUUUGAAGUGGGCUUUGUGGUAGGCCAAUACUUUCUUUACGGAUUUCGCAUCCUGCCGCUGUACAAAUGCAGCCGCUGGCCAUGCCCCAACACGGUGGACUGCUUUGUGUCUCGCCCAACGGAGAAGACUGUCUUCAUCAUCUUCAUGUUGGCCGUGGCCUGUGUCUCGCUCUUCCUCAACUUUGUGGAGAUCAGCCACUUGGGUCUGAAGAAGAUACGCUUUGUCUUUCGCAAGCCAGCCCCAGCCCCAGCCCAAGGCGAGGGUGCAGUCCCGCUAACGCCACAAGGAAAAGGUCUGCCCCCGCUGGCUGUCCCCGCUUUGCAGAGAGCAAAAGGCUACAAGUUGUUAGAGGAGGAAAAAGUUCCUCCUGCAACGCACCUCUACCCUCUGGCUGAAGUCGGCAUGGAGGCUGGAAGAGGGACCCCACCCUUCCAGGCUCUAGAGGAGAAGGCUGAGGAGGUGCUGCCCAUGGAGGACAUCUCUAAGGUGUACGAUGAGAGUCUGCCUACCUACAGCCAAACAACCGAGACAGCGGGGGUGACGUUACAUGAAGAAGAGACUGAGGAAGUGCCACCACCAGAGGUGGAAGCAGAGAGAAUAGAGGAAGGUCUAGAUGAGGAUGCGGAGAUAGAGGAUGCCGUGAACGCAGAGGUGGUAACCCCUGCUGAGGCAGAGGUGGAGGCGACGGAUACGAUAGAAGACACCAGACCACUGAGUCGACUGAGCAAAGCAAGCAGCAGGGCCAGAUGUGUGCCUUAUACGCAGAGCUCAUACUGUUGAUGCUGACAAGGUUGGGAUGUGAACAAGUAUUUCUCACAUAGAGGAGGCAACUUUGUCCCCUUUGUGACCCCCCCCUCCCACCACCACCACCACCACCAUCACCACCACCCAUCCCAUUCUCUGCACACCUUCAUGAUCCAAUGCCAACACAAGUUAAAAGUGUACAAUGAUGUUAUGCACCAAGGAUGACACUGGGUCUUUUUUACAUUAAUAUGACUGGUAAUGUAUGAUUUUUUUUGUACUUGGAAACUGUUGCAUUACCUGUAUGUUUGUAAGAAGACACAAUGAUUAAUAUUCGGAGAGAAAAAAACAAAUCGUUUUUACUAACUUGUAGUCUUCUCUGCUGAUAGAUUAUUUUGAAAUGUGAAUAAAUACAAUAAAAAUGUCA